UCAAUUCCACCCGCGAGACUUCAAACGUUUUGGGGGCCUGAAAGCGACUCCCGAGGUGAUCUAACGCGCAACCAUGGAAGCCACACGGACUUUGGUUCGAUCCAUGUGGGGAGUUGAAUUGGACGACGAUGCUGAAAGAAAAUACAGCACAUACCUUCGAUUCUGUCUAGUUCAAGGUCUGGAGCCUAUCGAAGAAACCAUGUUUAUCAUCAAACUUCUGAAGAAUAAUGCCGAAGCUCCGAAACGCUUGAUCAAAGAGGCCUUGGAUCAUGUUCGAAAAGAACUCACAAGAGAAAGUACAGCGAAUCAUGGGCUCACUACCAAUACUUCGGUGAUCGGAGUACACAUACCUGCCAUGACUCAAACCGUCUAUGACAGAAUCCUCUACUCAACAUUUGAUAGCAACCGCGCUCUCGCCAAAGCCGUCCUCAUCAUGCUGGCGACAGACCUGGCCAUGGAUUCCAACGAGGUCUCCGGGCACUCUCUGACGAUCUGGAACGAUUCAGAAUCUUUAAAACACAUCAUAGAGUCCACUCUGCCGAGACUUCGAGCCUCCACACAACCAUCAUAUCGGGACCAACCACCCGCGUCGUCUCAGUUCCACCCAAGCAAACUACGUGUGAAGUAUCUUGUCGACUAUGCCGAUGUGGAAAUAGUCUGGACGAGACAUCUCCCGGAUCAUCUAGAAUUGGAGGGGAAGAAACUUAGGAUCUUUGAGCUAGCGUCAUAUCUUGAGCUUUCAAGAGCUGCGAUGAACGAUGCAGGCGGGGCCGACCUAGCAGAUUGCUUGAAACGGGGCUGCUUCACAUCUCAAUUCCUCACAGAGACUCUAAUGACAUACCCGCUGCUCUUCCCGCCGAAGGACAGGCAGUGGCUGAAAUCGCAUAUCAAACCACAUCGGAAGUGGACAGGAUGGGGCUGGCCCACCAUGACGACCGCGCUGGACACAAGGCUUGCUGCACCUUUCGACAACACGCUUACUACUGACAGGUAUACCCGACUCCUUGAAAAUAGCUACGAGCUCUACGAGAGGUAUCCGCACUGGGGCCCACGACUACAUGCUCUCUAUGACGAGGCACAAGAACCCACCCCCAGCACAGCUCUCGGGAGGUGGGCUGAGAGAAGGCGGGCAGCAAGGCACACAUAUUGGGUCACUGCGGCAGCAUUCACCCUCGCCAUAGUUUUCGGAGUUACAUCGACUGUAGUAGGCGUUUUACAAUUAUGGGUCUCAUAUUGUCAAUGGCAGAUACCAAAAGGUGGCUAUGGAUGUCGGCAUUCAUUUACAUAGAUAGC